CUCAUGGCUGUUUGAUGGCUAGACUGCUGUGUUGGCACAUCGGGGUUUUGGAGGACGACAGGGAGCUGUACACUCCACUGUAUCUGGCCUCGUACAAGGAGCACGGUCACUCAGAUGUGGAUCACUCUUUGACUCGCGCUGACAGCAUUGAUGCCCUGAAUGGCCUGAAAGCAAACCUGCAGGCUGCCAAAAGACUCGCCCAGCGCCUCUACCGCCUGGACGGCUUCAAGAAGUCCGACGUGGCCAGACACCUGAACAAAAAUAACGAGUUCAGUCGCUCUGUGGCCGAGGAAUAUCUCAGCCUCUUUGACUUCAGUGGACUCACCCUCGACCAGGCGCUCAGGUUGUUUCUGCGGCGUUUGGCUCUGGGGGGAGAGACUCAGGAGAGAGAGCGGCUCCUCACUCACUUCUCUCACAGAUACACAGAGUGUAACCCACACUGCCUCAGCACGGAAGACAGCGUCCACACUCUGACCUGCGCCGUGAUGCUGCUCAACUCAGAUCUCCAUGGAAACAACGUGGGAAAGAGGAUGUCCUGCAGCCAGUUCAUCACAAACCUGGAGGGACUAAACGACGGAGAGGACUUCCCCAAAGACCUGCUGAAGACGCUGUACACCUCCAUCAGGACGGACAAACUGCAGUGGACCAUUGAUGAGGAGGAAGUACAAAAGUCCGGGACCACGGUGACUCCAGACGCACGAAAAGACUCCGCCUCCCACACACUGAAACGCCAGGGGCCCGGCGGGAACGCUCUGCUCAGCCUGGCCCAGAACGCCAACGAGCAGCUCCACAAGAGCGGACUCCUGGUACGAAAAAUCCACGCCGACCAGGACGGCAAGAGAACUCCUCGAGGGAAAAGAGGAUGGAAGACUUUUUACGGCACUUUGAAAGGACUCGUGCUCUACCUGCACAAGGAGGAGCAGCGUUCGGGGCAGGAGCUGACCCAGGAGGACCUGAAGAACGCCGUGUCCAUCCAUCACUCUCUGGCCAUGAGAGCCGUGGACUACAGCAAACGAGCCAACGUCUUCUACCUGAGGACGGCCGACUGGAGAGUGUUCCUCUUCCAGGCCGCGAGCGCAGAGCAGAUGCAGUCCUGGAUCACUCGCAUUAACAUAGUCGCCGCCAUGUGCUCGGCUCCGCCCUUCCCUCCAGCCAUUGGCUCUCAGAAGAGGUUCAGUCGACCGCUUCUGCCAGGGUCCAACACCAAACUGUCCCAGGAAGAGCAGAUAAAGUCCCAUGAACAUCGUUUCCGAGCCGUGUCUGCGGAGCUGGCAGACCUCAGCGCUGAGUCUAAGGGUAAAGGUCGUGACACGGAGGAGCAAAAACAACGGCAGGAGUAUCUGGAGUUUGAGAAAACCCGCUACGGCACCUAUGCCAUGCUGAUGAGAGCCAAGCUCCAGUUUGGCACAGAGGACCUGUCUGUGUUUGAGUCUCGUCUGUUAAGCGAAGGUGGUCUCCAAAGAGCCCAGUCCAGCCCCGCCCUCCCCCAGUCCAACCCCGCCCUCUCCCAGUCCAACCCCUCCCUGCCCCAAUCCAACCCCUCCCUGCCCCAGUCCAACCCCACCCUGCCCCAGUCCAGCCCCACCCUGCCCCAGUACAACCCCACCCUGCCCCAGUCCAACCCCACCCUGCCCCAGUCCAGCCCCACCCUGCCCCAGUACAGCCCCACCCUGCCCCAGUACAGCUCUUUAAAGGACAGGGGUCUCAAACCCUCUGUUCAGACCAAAGAGGAGAGUCAGAAUGGUACCAAGCCGGAGAGCAAAGCUGAAAACAAGACUGAAGUGUCCUAAUGUGAAACACCCCUGAAUCUUCUGCCUGCAGCCAAGACAAAAUAUAAUAUAAUACAUGUACUAACAGUCAGCUGCCACCAGGUGUCGCCUCAUUCACUCCACAAAAUACUUCACCUGUAACCAGCUUUACUCUCCUUCUGAUCAUGUCCAGGUUCCAUCUUUUAUUGUCCUUUAUAAAGACAGUGAGGACACGUCUGGACUCACGUCUGGACUCACGUCUGGACUCACGUCUGGACUCACGUCUGGACUCACGUCUGGACUCACGUCUGGACUCACGUCUGGACUCACGUCUGGACUCACGUCUGGAUCUACUUUGGACACAGUCCUGCUGGGGGCGCUGUAGUGUUGCUGUUUGGGACGACUUGAGUGAUACAUUUUCCACCUUGUGUUGUUUUUUAAUGUUUAUUUGGAAAAUGUGGCACUUUAAAUUAUUUUUGUGCUUUUUUCUGUUGUUUUUUGUGGACUGUGUACUUCAUAUUUCCUGAGUUGGCAUCACAGGGCUGUGUUAUUAUUAUUAUUAUACUUAUUAUUAUUGUUAUUAUCAGUCUGGGCUGUAUCUGUGUAAAGUGUAAUGGGUUUUCUGUAGAUUCACUAUAAUCACUAUAAUGUACAAAAGGCCAAAUACAGAACACUCCAGAACAUUCCACAUCACUACAUAUUAAUAAAACAACAUUUUUAUGGGCUCAGCUGAACAUGUGACCUUGACCUGAACAUGUGACCUUGAUCUGAACAUGUGACCUUGACCUGAACAUGUGACCUUGAUCUGAACAUGUGACCUCAUCUCCAUGACACUUUUUAUUUGAACAUUUAUAAUUUGUCUGAAAUGUGCUGAAGUUUGACUCAGACUUUUAUCCACAAAAGUUGGACGACCUCUUGUCUGAUGUGGUCAGGUUCAUGAGACGCUGAAGCUCACACGUUUAACGCCAAAACAAACAUUUCUGUACAACUGUAUGACUUUGAAAUCACUGAGUAUGUGCUGCGGUCACUGCGGUCACUGCGGUCACUGUAUUAACUAUAAACCAAGGUUUAUCUCUCCAGUCGUUUCAUCAAACUCAGAUUCUCUUUUGUGACACGUUUGUUUUGAAACUACUUGAUGCUGAUUGGACGAUCGCCUCAGGCCAAAGCAGAAGGAUCUUUGAUCGACGUCAGCGGCGUUUGGCCUGUGGCUCCUCCUUCAGUGUUGUGUGAUACAGGUUGUGUGAUACAGGUUGUGUGAUACAGGUUGUGUUGUAUACACAGGUUGUGUGAUACAGGUUGUGUUGUAUACACAGGUUGUGUUGACGGUGUUUUGGUUUCGGAGCCGUUCUGACUUGAAGCUAAACCUCGUUAUGCAGAAGUGAACAUGACUUCACAUUGAAAAGCCAUACUGCAGUUUACAUACGCUGCAUUUUAGGUACUUUUUGUUUUUAAAUUCUAAAUUUCAGACCAAGCUGUUUAUUUAUUCUUUCACUCAACAGUAAAAGUUAAAACUUAAUAUAUUUUGGAGAUUAUAUUUUUUUAGCCACGUGGUGUCGCUGUACAUAACUUCAGCCUCAAGGUUUGUGUUUGUAUCAUGUCAAAGACAAUAAACGA